AUUCAGAUUUAUUCGGGGGGAAAACAACUCAUGCUGGAUAAAAACCACGUGGAUACGAAAAGAGGCAGAUGAUGUUUUUCGUAACCCUCUUUUUUUUGUUCGAAAAUAUAUCAACUAAAAAAAAAGAAUUUUUUUUUCACCCUCCACCGCAGCAGAUAGAAGUCUUUUAAUUUAAAGAUGAACAAUGGAUUUGCAUGGGAGAAUCGCAUCGGUGCGAUGGAGAUGACACCUCGACAAACGAUUUCUCCGGACUCACCUGUGAUCGGCCACCCCUUCUAGUGACGUCACAAAGUUUGGGGUGUCCAAGCAAGCGUGACGUAAGGGUCCCUGGCGGAUGUCGCCAGCGAAGGAGGAGUAAAACGGGGAGUGGCUAAAGUUCCACUUACGACGGUGUGCUGUACGGUCGUGGAACCUCCCCCCUUGGAAUCGUUUGUUUUCUAUUCCUUUUUCUUUUAUUUUUUGUGAUCAUCCUCCUUACCUUCUUGUCUAACUCUCCCCGGUCGAGAGAAGAGGUCUUUCCCGUCGUUGGCGACAGUGGUUGGCCGUGCUCUUGUGCGUGUGCUUUUUGUCUUCGUUCUGUUUGACUUGGACGGGUUCGUUUUAGGUGACGGCCGCCGUCACCGAGCGUGGACACAUGACAACGACGACUUCUUCGGCCGAAAACGGAGGUGGCGGGGGCGCGACAGCUGCUUCGUCACCGUCACCACCUAAUUUGCCCUUGCAACUGCCCAGUGCUGCUGGACAUCAGAGAUUGUGCAAUCCGGGACAUCCCCCGAUGUCACCCCCUGAGGCGCCAACAGGAACGACACAGGUUCAACUGCCAAGACCCACGCUUCUUAUGGACGUGGCUAUCCGAUGCACUUCAGCUAAUUGUUCCUGUGAUUGCUUCUCACCUUGUAAAUCUCGAAUUCGAACUUGUGAUGGCUGUGGACAUGGAUGGGUCAGCCACGCUUUGGACAAAUUGGGAUAUCGUCACUUGUACAAUUGCCAUCAAGUGGAAGUAGUGCAGCCCAGUAUUGCUUUUGAUGUUGCAUCUCUGUUGCUCUAUGGUACGCAGGCCAUACCAGUGCGAUUGAAGAUACUGCUGGAUAGGCUGUUUAGUGUAUUGCAGCGAGAAGAAGUUUUACAGGUGCUUCAUGGUUUUGGAUGGACCUAUGAAGAUUAUGCUAGAGGAUAUAUAGCACAAGAUCCAUCUGGCACCGUUUUGGAUAAGUGGUUACUAGCUUCAAAAGAAGAGGAAGUCUUCAUUUUUCAACAGUUCCUACGCUUCUCUGAAACUAAAUCUAUUGCACAACAGUUGCUUUUGCAAGAAAGUGGUGACAAAAUUGACUGUGUAGUUACCCCACCGGCUACUGAAUCCGAUAUCAAAAAGUUUAUUGAAAGGACUAAUAACCGGGGCACACUUUUCAAGCAUCAUAGCAAUAGUUUAUACGAUUCAACUAUAUAUCCAGCUAUGCCCUCAAUUGUAAGCCCAAGUAAAUCUUUAUACAGGCAUACGUCAAGUGUCAGCUCUACUCAGUCGAACAUUAGUUCUACUGUCUCCUCGCCUAUUGAUUGCACAAGCCCAAUUGCUUUAUCACCUCUUAAUAGACUGCAGAACAUGCAACCUCAUGAUUAUAGAAGAGAUAGUCCAGAGUUAGUUCGAAGUGACAAAGAUAAAAUGUUGUCAGUUGCUGUUCCAGCUCACACCUCUCUGAACUCUCCAACUUCCGUCCCUAAUAUUUGUUUUACCACUUCUAGUCUCCCACACAUCCCCAAUACAAAUAAUUCCUAUUACGUCAAAGCCAACUCAGAACGUAGUUUCAACGAGGAAGAUGUUUCUGAAGACGAUGACGGAGACAGGAGGAAUGGUGCCAUAAACCUGACUAGACAUUCUCUGCCAACGAGCUAUAUGGACUCUGUUUAUGCCGCCAAAAAAAUCAGGCAUUUGAGAAAGUCAGCCAAUCCCAUGAAAAGGAAAUGGAAUCCUACGGUUCUAGCUACUCUUGCUAUGAACCCAGCUACUGGUAAGAAACGGGUUCAGUGUGGUGAAUGCUACAAAACUUUUUGUGAUAAGGGAGCUUUAAAGAUUCAUUACAGUGCCGUACAUCUAAGAGAAAUGCAUAAAUGCACAGUUGAAGGAUGCAAUAUGAUGUUUAGUUCAAGGCGAAGCCGGAACAGGCAUAGUGCCAAUCCUAAUCCCAAAUUACAUACUCCAAAUUGUAGAAGAAAAAUUAACCCGCACGACGGGAGAACUGCCAAUCCCUUUCCUGUUCCUCCAGGUACGUUUGUUGAAUUUCCUAAUAGUUUUGCUUCCUAUCCUCCUGGCCAGAUGGAAGGAGAGAGCAAUUCUUUCUCCGAUGAUGAUGAUCAAAUGACUAUGGUUCCUAGGGUAAAUUCUAUGUAUGAUCAUAACGUUAAAGGGUCUUCUCUAAUAAAAACAGAAGACAGGUUACCGGAACCUGAUGACGUGCCCCUAUCUUUAACUAAAAAAAUUCGAAUGGAGGACGAUGUGAACGAGCCAUCAAAAUGUAACAUAAACGAAGGGAUUGAUUUAAGUUUGAAAGAAUGUAGUUCUCGUAGAAUAGCUGAUGUGAAAGAUAGUUUUUCAAAAGAAGAUGUAAAGCCUGAACAGAACACAUCAUCUGAAGAAAAAGCUAUAAAUGCUUUUAAACAGGAGGAUAUAGAAGCUGAUAAACCAACCACGGAAUCAAAAGAAAAUUUCAGGAUGGAAUUGGAAAACGGUAAAAUGCAUACUUUACCAAAUAAUCCAGAUUCAGAAAUUUUAUGCUUGAAAUCUGAAACCAAAAAUUUCACUCCUAAGUCCCAAACUGAUAAAGAAAUCCGUGAAGCCAGCCAUGCAUAUAAAAAGCUGAAACACUCCGAUACUGAAUCGUCUCUAAUAACCAAUCAAGCCAAUAUGCCAUUGAUGACAAAAGGUGUUCGGAAGCGUAAAAGUUUGAAUCCUAUUCGAUGCCCUGCUGCAAGUGAUGAUGAUUUGCCUUUCGUAUCAUCGGAUGAUUCUUCUAGCGACACUUAUAUUGAUCAAGAUAAUGAUGAGAAUGGUUUGCUAGAUUCAAAGUCUGAUUAUCUGACUUCUGAUGGGUCAGACUCAAUGAAUGACUUAGAUGAACUGGAAGACAACAGUGCAACUGGUGAUAAAAGAGAUUGUGCAAACUCUGUCAACAAAUCAUCCCAAGUGAUGACUUCUUCUACUGUUAACUCAUCACGGGCUUCAAACUUGAAUGACGCCUCCGAACAACGUUUGCGUGACCACGAGCAAUACAAUGGUUUCUCUGUAUCUGAUCUCAGCAAGACAAAAUCUAGUAAUCAAAUUAAAAGCGAAGAUAUAAGUGAGAAUCCUCUGAGACAUUUGGAAUCUCUGUCAUUGGGAGCUUUUACCAAUAUGCUGAAUGUAAAUAAUAGGACUAAUUUCAAUCAAAGGGGGGUCAGUGUCUCAAGUGGUGUAUCUUACCAUGCUCCGGGGCUGGGAUUAGCUUCUGUCACUACAACCACUGCUCCGAACCGUGCAGAAUCUCCUGUUUCAGAUGUGAUGCCCACUUUAACUCAAAACUCAGUAUCACACGCACCACCUCUAACAUCAAGCUGUACUUUUAACAAUAGUGACACCGAUAACUCCAUGUCCGAAAACCAACUGCCUAUGGUACCGGUUUUUAGAGAUGCAUCCAUGAUAGGUUCUCUUGAAAUACCUGUUGACAAGGAAAACCCUCGGCGAUGCACAGCAUGUGGGAAGAUUUUCCAAAACCAUUUUGGUGUAAAGACUCACUAUCAGAAUGUUCAUCUCAAGGUUAUGCACAAGUGUACGGUGGAUGGUUGUAACGCUUCAUUUCCAUCAAAGCGGAGUCGAGAUCGCCACAGUUCCAACAUGAAUCUUCACCGGAAACUGCUUUCGACAACUUCAGAUAGAUCAAAUCUGUACUUCGACAAAGCCAGUGCAGUGUACCCCUUUCAUACAGAUAGUUACAGCAGGGAUUUAUUCUCCCGUUUUCAUGAGCAAGGUCCUCAUCCAUUGGCAGCAAUGGAAUAUUACAGUCGACUUCAGCAUGAUGGUGCAACCCCUACUUUUCUAAACCCGUACACCCACUUGCCAGGUGCGAUUCCUGGUUACCAUCCAGCUUUUUACAAUACAUCAGCUUAUACGACUUUCAAGAACGAUGCGACCACAAGGUACAAUCACGAAAACAGUGGUCGCAAUAGUUCUCUAAGUUCCAUUAGCAACCCAUCGUCUCCUGGGCCUUCCUCGGGAGGUUCUCCUAAGGAGCACUCAUCCCAUCAGAACUCUGUGAAGUUGGAUGAAGAGUUAUCUCCUGAUCAUGAUGGGAGGUUCGUUUGUACGAUUUGUGAGAAAAAGUUUCACGAGAGAGUUGUGCUUAGAGAACAUUACGAAAAAAGUCACACAAAAGAACUUCUGGAAUGUUCUACGAAUGGUUGCAAUAAAGUGUUCCUAUCAAGGCAAUCUAGGAAUGUUCACAGUGAUAAUUUGCACAAAGACAAAAGUGUGGAGGAUACGUAGUGAUAACUGUAAUUCUUGUUACUGCAUGUAAAGCAAUUCAGAAAAAAAAAAUGUGCCAAUGUAGUAGAAAUUGUGAAUUUGAAUCAUGUCCCCAACAGUUUUUUUAUUUUUAUUCAUUAUGAUUUUUUAAUUUUAACUCUGUUUGUUAGGUUAGCAAUAUGGAAAGUUCGAACAUUUCGUUUUAAAAAAUGUUGUUAAUAACUAAUGAACUAGUUAAAUGCAUACAUGUUCUUAAAACCAGCAGCUAAGCAGUGUGUAAGUUUUUUUUAUGGAUAAGCAACAUAACUUUAUGCUAUGAAAAUUUGAAAUAUAACUCUAUCCUUACAGUAUUUUCCGCUUUUUUUUAAAAAGUAUUUUCUUUACAUUUUAUAAUAUUUAUCACUUAAUUUACUGAAUUAAAAUAUUAUAUAACAAGUAAAUAGAUUUUUUAUACUUCAGGCAUACUCUUAUAAUUAUUUACAAUCAGUAGGAAGUCAUUGAAUUUCCUUUUCCAAAUUUAAAUUGAUACAACACAAGACACUUGUUUUGAAAAUAAAACUGUUUUUAAAGCCAAGUAAUUCUCCAAAAUCAAAUCUGUUCAAGGGAUUGAUGUAAAUUAUUCGGAAAAUUUUGCUAAAAUGAAUAAAAUUAUGUAAAAAGGAUUGGAAUACCACAGUAAAAAUUUUCAUAAAAAUAUUUAUUUUAUAGCAGGCUUGUUUUUGUCUUAUCAUUUAAUGUUUGAUUGAAACACAUAAGCAUUGAGCAUAUUUUCUCAGAAGCAUUCAAAAUUUAUAAGAAUGUUUAUUUAAAUUAAUAAUAAAAGUAUUUUAAAUCAUAUUAUGGUUAUUGAUACAAUGUCCAACCUAUUUAAUAUAUAUAAUGUUCAAAAUUAGUUUUCAUGAUAGUAGAGAGGUUUUAUUUGUGUUUUUGAUUUUGUUGAAACAUUUGUAAUAACUUGAUAGACAUUAAAGAUGAAUCAAACUCUUAUUUAAGACCAAUUUUAAAUAAUUAUCACUCGAUACAUUUUUAAGUUUUAAAUGAAAUUACAUCAAUCUUACUAUUAAAAUUAAUGCAAUACAAAAGUGAAUUAAGUGACUAAAGAUGAAAAAAAUCAAACUUCUUUUUAAAAAAAAUAUAAAUUAGGUGAAGUCAGUUAAAUAAAAGUUAAUUUUUACUACAAAUAGAGAAGAAUUUUUAUAUAGGUAAUACGUGCUAAUCUGUUGCUUUUUCCUCAGAUAUAAAACAUUUAAAAAUCUUGAAGAUUUUAGUUUUUAAAUGUUAAAAAAUUAUAAGUUUAACUUGUAAAAUGUUCAGUUGAAAUUCUGUUCAAACAUCUUCAAUAAUUUAAGCAUUUAUUACAUUGAAUGAAUGUAUUUUUUUGCUUUGAAUUUGUUUAACCUUUGAUUUGGCAGAAAAAUACAUGAAAUUGUUUUUGGAAAAAAGGGAGAUUUAAAAAAAAAAUUGGAAUUUCAAAGUGCUGCCUGAUUGCAACACUGCCAAUUAAUGGUUAAACAUUUUUUUUCUAUUUGAUUUGUUGAAUCGAGUUAAGUAACUCGAUGUUUAAGAAUAUUUAUACUAUUCUAUUAAAAAUUGUUGGUGUUCAUAUAUAUGUAGAGAAAGUGUAUAUAAGAACAUUUUUAUUAUAGAAAUGAUUGUUAAUUUAUUUUGAAAUUAUGGCGCCAGCUGUUAUGUGUAAAAAAUGCUGUGCCAACAUGUGUAUAAAGUUUUUCGCCAAAUAAGUUUAAUAUAACAGUCAUUCCUCAAAGCAACAAAAAAAUGUUUCUAAUUUUCAUUCCCCC